AUGCUAUGCCACUUCAAUGGUACUCAGCUGAUCGCAGUGCUCCCCCCACUGCUGGUGUCAGAGUUUGUUUUGGGGGUCUUUGGAAAUGGUCUGGCUCUGUGGAUCUUCUGGUUCCACCUGAAACCCUGGAAAAGCAGCACAGUGUUACUCUUCAACCUGGCCAUGGCUGAUUUUUUGCUCAGUGUGGCUCUGCCUUUUAGAGCCAGCUACUACAAUUCUGGGAUUAAGUGGAAUUUUGGUGGAGCUCUGUGUAACAUCUGCCUCUUCAUGCUGGCGAUGAACCGCAGCGGCAGCACUAUCUUCUUAAUGGCGAUCGCUGUGGACAGAUACAUGCGUGUGGUGCAUCCUCAUCAUCCCAUCAACUCUCUGAGUGUCUCCAAAGCCAUGUGUGGAGCUCUGCUGCUGUGGCUGCUCACUUUCUCCAUGACAGCUCAUGUCUUCUCUUUGCAACAUAUCAACACAACCUACUGUGAGAGCUUCAUGAUUGAGACUCAGCCCGGACAUAAUCUGACCUGGCAUAAGUUUGCGUUCACUUUUUCCUUCUAUAUGCCUCUGCUUGUGAUCCUUUACUGCACAGUCCACAUUAUUGUCCACCUGAGGAGGAGGCACAUGGACCGGGAUGUAAGGAUUAGGAAGGCUCUGUGCUUCAUCGCAGUGGUGGCAGCUCUCUUCAUCAUCUGCUUCCUUCCAAGUAACAUCGUGCAGCUGCUGAUCUGGAUCAAAACCCGCAAGUUAUCCGGCAGCAAGAAAGAAUCUGAGGUCUGCCAGGCUUUGGAAGACCUGACCGCGGCUUUUUACAUCACCAUCAGCCUGACCUAUCUCAACAGCGCACUGGAUCCCGUGGUUUACUACUUCUCCAGCUCUAAUUUCAAGAACAUCUGCAGGAAAGCUCUCCGCCUGCCCCUCGCAGACACCGUAGAGAGCACAGAGAGGAAAUCUCGAGACACGGGCUCCCAGACACUCAGCCAGCUGUGA